GGACGCAUUACUAAGGCGACGGGCUCGACGCCUCCCCGCUUCGGGAUGAAUUAGCGGCGGGUUCUGCUCGCAGGUUGUGACCCCCGUGGAGUCGCCCCAGUGUCCCCGCGACGUCGCGCGUUUCCCCCGGCGUGUCCCAGAAUCAUGGUGUCAUGGAGGGGGAUUUACUUUAUACUCUUCCUGUUUGCGGGAAGCUUUUUGGGAAGUAUAUUUAUGCUGGGUCCCAUUUUACCUUUGAUGAUUAUAAACCUGUCAUGGUAUCGUUGGAUCAGCAGCCGCCUUGUGGCUAUGUGGCUCACGCUUCCUGUGGCAUUGUUGGAGACCAUGUUUGGUGUAAAAGUAGUUAUCACAGGUGAUGCAUUUGUACCAGGAGAAAGGAGUGUCAUUAUCAUGAACCAUCGGACGAGAGUAGACUGGAUGUUCCUGUGGAAUUGUCUAAUGAGAUUCAGCUACCUCAGAUUGGAGAAAAUUUGCCUCAAAUCCAGUCUCAAAAGUGUUCCUGGAUUUGGCUGGGCCAUGCAAGCUGCUGCCUUUAUCUUUAUUCACAGGAAGUGGAAGGAUGAUAAGAGCCAUUUUGAAGACAUGAUUGAUUAUUUUUGUGACAUUCAUGAACCACUACAACUUCUCAUCUUUCCAGAAGGAACUGACCUAACAGAAAAUAACAAGGCUCGGAGUAAUGAUUUUGCUGAGAAGAAUGGACUUCAAAAAUAUGAAUAUGUCUUACAUCCAAGAACCACUGGCUUUACUUUUGUGGUGGAUCGACUAAGAGAAGGUAAGAACCUUGAUGCAGUCCAUGACAUCACCGUGGCAUAUCCUUACAACAUUCCUCAAACCGAGAAACAUCUCCUCCUUGGAGACUUUCCCAAAGAGAUCCACUUCCAUGUCCAGAGGUAUCCAGUCAACACCCUUCCCACAUCCAAGGAGGACCUUCAGCUCUGGUGCCACAAGCGCUGGGAAGAAAAGGAAGAGAGACUGCGCUCCUUCUACCAAGGAGAAAAGACCUUUCACUUCACUGGGCAGAGCACCAUUCCACCCUGCAAGUCUGAGCUCAGAGUCCUUGUGGUCAAGCUGCUGUCCAUACUGUACUGGACCUUGUUCUGCUCCGCGAUGUGCCUGCUCAUAUAUUUGUACAGCCCUGUUCGGUGGUAUUUUAUAAUCAGCAAUGUGUUCUUUGUGCUGCAGGAGAGAAUAUUUGGUGGACUGGAAAUCAUUGAACUUGCAUGUCACCGGUUUUUACACAAGCACCCACAUUUAAAUUCAAAGAAAAAUGAGUAAAGUAGUAGCGCUCACCAUGUGAAAACCUAGGGGUGUUAAGGAAAUGUCAGUCUUUGUAAACUGAGAUGAGUCUUGCAUGACUAUGUCAAGUGUUUCUUACUAUCAUCAUUCUUUGUUAAAGAUAUUUUGCACUUAAUUUUGUGGGGUGGGGGGAUAUUGCUAUGGUUUCUUUAAAAUAUCUGAAUGUAAUUCCAAUGCUGUAUGUACCAGGGCCAGAAUAGCUAGGGCCAAAAACAAUCACCCUGCUGUUGAGACAAGAUGUAAGCUUUUCUGAAAGUGGUUUCUGACAGGCUCCCAGCUCAGAGGCAGGCCUGGCACCAUGAGCACCUGCCCCAGCACAUGCAGACAGGUAGUAGUCUGCCUCCCUGUGGGGCACAGUCCAUCCUUUUAUCCUUUUAAACCAGUCAAGCCCAGAAAUCAGAAUUGUCCUAUCCUAAACUUAGCACCAUUUGAUAGGGAGCACUCCAUCGCUCAUGGUCUCUGAACGAGACAUCAGAGGACCCCUCUCCUCACCUGGAGUCACUCCUGCACUCAGCUCAGGGAGCACCUUCAGGCUUUCCACUUGGCUUUUAAAAGACAGAAACUGGUGCGGCUCGCUCUCCUGCUUGCUACCAGGUGUCACUUCAUCUUCAGUGUGACCUGAAACAUGUAAAAACACAUUAGAAGAACAUUCUGGCAUUUCAGACAGAAACUGUCUCAUGGACAUUUCUUUAGAAUGGAUACACAGCACAAGGCAGGUGCAUGUCCUCUGUGUGCAGGCUGUCUACCCUCUGCCAUGACAGCUACAACACAAAUGCUUGCAAACAGGAUGGUUUAACCAAAGCCUCCAAGCCUUGACCAACUCUACUCUUAAAACCAAAAAUGCUAACCCACAAUGAACCUUUCAGUGAUAGCAAGGACUCUGUUUUUAAUCAUCUCUCAACAGUAACAUUUAAACCCACACUGACCAACUGUCUGCCAAAUAGUCCCAUCAUUUCAAAGCAGUGAAAACCUUGCAAACCAAUAGCACCCAGUGUCAUGGUUAAGAGAAGCCACUGUUUCCACUCCACCAAGCUGCACGCUUCCAUCUAUGCCAUGUGUUUGGGGUGGGGCCAGAGGCUCAUAAACUGUUGAGCUGUUAGCAAGCCUGUCAGCCUCUGCCUGUGUCCAGCAGCCUCAACAGCUAUUGCUGCCCAGUGUAACUCAGAUGGGAAUUCACCCUCCUAGUGAGGACAGCACAGCUGUACCCUCCAGUCACUCAGCUCACCCAGCACAUUCUCUGAGAAAGCCCUGGUGGGGGAGAACACCAGUAGCAUAUCAUGCCCAGGGUUUUCUUAUUUGCUUGUUUGUUUUUUUCCGUUUGUGCAGGUGUGUGUGUUAGUGGGACAGUGUGAAGUGGCGCCUCUGGUGAGACUCCCCAGCCCGUGCUGGACUGCUUCCUCGAAGCUCACUUCAACCUGCUGGGAGCUUACUGAUUAGCAGCCAUGCACGCCUGCUCUCAGCACAGCUGCUUGACUUUAUGUUUUUAAGGUUAAAAACACACAGUACACAACCCUUGUUUCUUUCUUUCCCUUAAUAAGAAAGGCUUCUAAUUUUCUUUGAGACGUCUCAUGGAUCACAUUUAAACAUGGGGCUAGCUAGCAUCUGUUCCCCAGGUAAAAGAGAAAAGCUGCCCUCUUUACCUAUAGUAGUUGGGAUCAGUUACCAGUGACAUCCAUCUCAUUGUGUGCCCUCUUUGUCUCUUGUUUGUCCCUUCAACUCUUUUGAUCAAAGAAAACAUGUUUAAGGUAGAAAAUACCUUAAUUUUAUGUAUCCCAAAUUCACAAUACUAAGUAUAGCACUACAACUAGGAAACGAGGAUAUUCUAAUUGCUUUGAGAGAGAAAUUUCUCUAAAGGGGGAAAAACAUACCUUUGUAAAGAAAAGUUUUGAAUUGUAAUUAUUUGUUCUUAUCUGCACAUUUAACUGUGUUAAAAACCUUUUGUUUAAUUUAAAAAACAUAUAGCUAAUGCUUUUGAGCUUAGAACUCUUUAAGUCAAUAGUUGGACAUCAAGUAUAAGUAGACAUGGCCUUGAUGGUUGUCAGCCUGAGGAAUGCCCCUGCCACAUCACCCACCCUUCAGCCAGGGCUCAGAGCAGCUGGCAGCCUUGCUAUGGCAGACCAUACCCCUGCUCCUUGUGGUGGAAAGCAUGGUGGACGAAAUGCUCACAGCAAUUAGUUGGCUGGGUGAGCCCCUCUUAAGAGAUUUUACAUAUAGCAGUUGUAGGUUAUUUAUAAUGUGAACCAUUUCACUUUAAAAUAUGAGCCAAUAAAGAGGGGAACUGGUUCGGUGAUGAGUUCCCACAUUAGGUGUCUUUGAAAUAAGCUCAAGGAACCCUGAACUUUAAUCAGGCAACAUGGGGGAACUGAAAAUGAAAGAGAUGAAUAUCUGAAAGAGCUCAUCCCUUAAGACUGGCCGAGUCCUGCCUCCGCAUGCUCAGAACAGACACGAGAAAGAAGUUACAUCUUCCGCUGGUGGCCUCUAAUGGUGGCUCCUCCCCAUGCAGACCGUGUGUUGGUAGCCAAGUCUGAGCUCUGCAGACAGAUUUCUCAUUUCACUGGCUCUCAAGCUCUGGCCCAGCAAAGAUGCGCCAUUUCCUCACGAUAAAGGCUAGUGGAGGGAGCCUAUUGGUGUUAAACUGUUUACAUUUCUUUAUAUAAAAUAAUGUGCUUUCAGUGCCUUUGUUAUGGGUCCCUUUCUUUUCCCUGUCCCAAGAAUUCUAUAACGUUCUUAGGAAAAGUCUCUCCUUGUCACUCUCUAGGAGGAAAGUGGUGUCUCAACACCGGUCGUCAAAAACAAGACACUAUGCUGUAGCACGGAGAAGAGAGGUUGGCGCUGAGCUACUGGCUGCCUUAGAGUUCUUACUUAGACGGUAGAGGUUGGAAAUGACUUGGCCAUGCAGUGAACUUCAGACUACAUUUGGCCCUAAGGGUGUCUUGUACCCUACCUUAAAUUUUUAUUUCAGAGUCUCGGGUUUUGGUAACUUGUUUUUAAAAGAUUAUGUGGAGAACACCAAGUUUUAAAAAUAACUCACAGAAUGGCCUUAGCUUUCAGUGUCCACUGGGAUGUUUAGGAAUUUUUCUCUGUAAUACUCAUCCAGAAUAAAGUGGAGUGAAGUACAUUGUUCAAAA